AUGCCAAGCGUUGACUCAGGAAACUUCAACAUCCUCCACCUAUCCGAUUUUCACUACGAUCCAAUGUACACACCGGGCAAAAACGUCGCAUGCGAAGAUCCCCUGUGUUGCCAAGUCGACUCCGAUGACCCUAAAAAUAGUUCUAGUGCUUGUGGGUAUUGGACGGAAUACAAAAACGCCGAUAUACCCUGGCACACUCUUGAGGAACUUUUGAAGCAAGUACAGAAUCAUGAUUUUGACUUUGUAUAUUUUACUGGGGAUAUAAUAAGUCAUAGAGUGUGGUCUACCUCCAUAGAAUCCAACACUCAAGCUAUCAAAGAAGUAUAUCAGUUAUUUAGAGACAAAUUUUCGGUGCCAGUUUUUCCAAUUCUUGGUAAUCAUGAACCUACACCUAUCAAUCAAUGGUCUAAAGAUGUAGCAGAUCCAAACCUUUCUACAAGUUGGUUAUACGAGUUGGUAGCCCAGGAAUGGUCCUCGUGGUUACCAACAAGUGCACUAGAAACAAUUAGGCAUGGAGGUUACUAUACUGUAUCUCCUAGGCCGGGUUUUAGAGUUAUAGUAUUAAAUAGUAACGUUUGUUACAAUUUGAACUGGUGGCUUAUCUACGACGAUUUCGACCCCUACAAUCAACUAAGUUGGUUGACAAAAACUUUACUUGAAAGUGAGCAAAAUGGCGAGUCAGUGCAUAUAUUAUCUCACAUACCUAGCGGUAACGGAAAUUGUUUACAUGUAUGGAGUAGGGAGUUCAAUAAAAUAGUGCAAAGAUUUGCAAACACUAUUACUGGUCAGUUUAAUGGACAUACACAUACGGAUGAAUUCCAGGUUUAUUUUAACCAAUCCAACCCCUCUGAAGCUGUAAAUGUGGCCUAUAAUGGAGCUUCGUUGGUGACUUAUGUAGAUUCAAACCCAAGCUAUAAAGUUAUUGAAGUUAACAACGAAACUUAUAACCUUAACGAUAUAGUUGAAUGGACUUUCAACCUAACAGAAGCAAAUUUAAGUCCGGAAAUAGGCCCCAAUUGGUACAAACUCUAUUCAUUCAAACAUGCCUAUAACCUAGCGGAUUUAAAACCAAAAACAGUAGGAAAUUUGCUGUAUACGAUGGCAAAAAAUCACACUUUACUCGAGCAGUUUAAUAACUUCAGAUUUAGGAAUUCAGACAACAAACAAAUGUGUGAUCAAAAGUGCCAAAGAGAUGUCCUAUGUGUAGUUUCAGUCACUUUAUAUGGAAAUAAUGAUAAAUGUAAUGAACUUCAAAAUAUUUUCGAUGAAAGUCUGUAA